AUGCCCAGAUCGCCCCGAACGGCCGCGGGCGACCCAAGUGACGGCCCGAAAGCCAGACGACGAGGAUCAUGGCGGGACGCAUCAUCCCCCAAUCGCCCUUUCACCGCCGAUGAUGGCCCGAUGGCCCUCCCCGCCCCGGAACGCUCGGAUUCGCUAUCGGGGGCCUAUCGCCGAUCUAUCUGUGAUGCAUCUACAUCGCCUAUUUCAGGUCGAUGUUCCCCACUGAUCGUCGCCCUUCAGAGGUACGCAGGCGCCGAGGUCGUGUGUGAGCCCGCGGCAGUCGCGCUGGCUGGCGCCGGUGCGCACGUCUGGAGCAUUGCGGCUGACCCAACGCGGGCCGCCGGCCUGGCAGAACCGCUGGUGCAGCGGUGGUCCCCCACGAGUCCGCGCCAUGGACUGGGCGGCGGGGCGCAGGGCGCUGGCAGCACAGGCGCCAGCGUGUCCUCCGACGGCGACCGCCUGCAGGACGGCCUGGACCGGGCCUGGUCCCGCGGCCUCCAGCGGGGGAGGCGCGAGACCCGCGCUGGGCGGCCGCGCGGCGGCGCCGGCCCCGCGGGAAGCUUCGCGGGCGGCGCUGGCCCCGCCAGCAGCAGUGCUGGCGCGGGACCCGCGGGCGGCUUCGGCGAGGCGAAGAUGCUGGCGCCGCAGCAGGCACCGCUUCCAUCGCCGGUCCUGCCGGAGCCGGUUGUUGCAGGCGGCGAUGGCGGCGCAGAACGGUUCCCGCUCAAGGCCCUGGAGUUGCAUGCGGCGGACGUGGUGCCGGCCCCGGGUGGCCUCGAUGGCCGUGGCGCGGCCGCAGGCGGCGACCCAGCGGCUUUGCAAGCCGAGGUGAACUUCUUGCGCGGACACCUGGCGAGUGCGAUGCAAGAGCUUCAGGAGCUGCGCGCGCGGAGCAACGACCUGAGGCUGUCCGUCGAGCAGUUGCAGUUGGCGCUGUCGGCGAAGGAGGAGUUGCUCGUCAGGCUCCAGCGCCUGGACGAGGAGGCGAAGGCCGCCGCGCGGCGGCUGCAGGAGCGGAUCCGGGAGAAGGACAAGCAGCUCGAGGAGCAGUCCGCGAUGGCUCAGGAGCUGGCCGCCGUGGCCGCCGAGCUGCAGGAGAACUGCGUGGCCCAGGUGAGGCAGUACCAGGACUUCGUGGAGAAGGUGCGGCUGUGGCAGGGCGAGGCCGCCGAGCGCGAGCGCGAGGCUUGCAAGCUGGCGCUGGCGCAGCGCAGCUUCUCGAAGCAGGUGCGCAGCCGGCUGCUGGCGGCGCAGGACUUCUGCACUGGCAGCCAGCAGAUGUGGGCCGAGGAGGCGCAGCGCCAGGAGGACAACAUCCGCGAGCUGAGCCUCCGGCACAGGAGCGCCACCAACGAGGUGCGCAUGUACCAGGAGCAGGAAGACAGGCGAGAGCUGGACGCCAGGAACCGAGCGCUGACCAAGGAGAAGCGGCACAAGUCGAUCCACUAUGCCAACAUUGCCCUGCAGAUGGUGAAGGCCGUGGAAGGGGUCUACGUCGACAAGGUGAGCAGCGCUGGUCAGAGGAACAGGCGUUUGCUCCGCCUGUCGGACACUGGCGCUGAGUUGCAGUGGGCGAAGGCUCCAUUCAAGCAGUUCAACAAGGGGUGUGACCUUCAGCAGGUGCUCAACAUCUGCUACGGUCACGCAGCACGUGCUUGGGCCCUAUAUCCUGACACUGUUCGCCCUGAGCAUUGCUUCACCUUGAACACACCGACCAGGUCUUUUGAUUUCAUCUGCGAGAACGACCGCGAUGUUGAGGUGUUGAUGGUUGCGAUAUCUCGUGCGUGCACAAGAUCGCAGGGCUGGCCGCUAAGCGGUGCCAUUCCCUCAUUGCGGAGAUUCAGGAGCGCACGAGGUUGGUGCAAGGUGCAGAAGAAGUGCCGCGCCUCCGGCCUCACCCUCCACGCGCACCUGCUGGCCGCGGCCACGGCCGCGGGCGCCUCGGCGGGCCGCGGCGCGGGUCGCCCCCCAGGAACCCACGCUGCUGCACGUCUGCGACGACAGGGAGCCUUCUGCAACUGA